UAUGCGAAGAAGAAGAAUAAAAAAAAAACUUGACCAGCCCCUUUUCCAUUCCCAUGGAUCGUAUUACGGGAGACUCCAGCAGCACCGAGACAUCUGCCCCGCUGCUAACAACGGUGCGCGUCCCCGCGUCCCAGACCUGCGACCAAUCUCGCCCCCUCCUCUUCCUCCUCCCCCUCAGAACUGAGGUCUCCCUCCGUUAUUUUUGUGUUAACCGCGGUGACCAUGAGGAGCCAGGGUGCCCUCCACUUUCCCAGGCUGUAAGCGCGUCUCUGCCUCCAUCUACAGCCCAAGCGGCGGAGAAAGAGAGGGAAGGAGAGACGUACAGAGAGAGAGAGAGCGAGAGAGCGGUGGUGGCCCCCGGUUCCGCCGAGUAACAGCACAAUUUUCAUUCUUUUUGUCUGUGCGCUCCGCAGACUGUUGCUGCUGCUGUUGCUGUUGCGACUGACCGUGUGUGUUCAGCGGCUUCGCAUCCUCUCUCUGCAGCUGCGUUGUUGUAGGAGGUAACAGCGGAAAGCUGGUGAUUUAAGCACAUCUCUGUGCCCGAUGUGUUAAAAACGCCGCGGCAGUCGGAUAUUUAACCCGGCCUUGGCCCUUUUUUCUCUCUCUCUGCGAGCUUUUUGGUUUGUUUUGGCACCAUGGAGUCGGUGGAGAAGGAGUGUGGAGCGCUGGGUGGAUUAUUCCAGGCCAUCGUGAACGACAUGAAGAGCUCUUACCCCGUGUGGGAGGAUUUCAGUGCCAAGGCCACAAAACUGCACUCUCAACUCAGGACCACAAUUCUGGCAACGGUGGCCUUUUUAGAUGCCUUUCAGAAGGUGGCAGACAUGGCCACCAACUCCAGAGGUGCUACCCGGGACAUUGGUUCGGCUCUGACAAGAAUGUGUAUGCGACACCGCAGCAUCGAGGCAAAAUUACGCCACUUCACCAAUACUUUAAUGGAAGGCCUGGUUACGCCACUUCAGGACAGGAUAGAGGAAUGGAAGAAGACAGCGAAUCAGCUGGACAAAGACCAUGCCAAAGAAUACAAGCGGUCUCGUCAGGAAAUCAAGAGGAAGUCGUUAGAUACUCUAAAACUCCAGAAAAAAGCGAGAAAAGAGCUUCUGGGCCGGGGCAACCUGCGCCCACAGCUGGACAGCGCCAUGCAGGACGUCAGCGAUUUGUACCUGCUGAUGGAGGAGACGGAGAAGCAGGCAGUGCGCCGAGCUCUCCUGGAGGAGAGAGGCCGUUACUGUUCAUUCAUUAAUCUGCUGCAGUCUGUGGUGAAUGUGGAGAUUGCUAUGCUGGGUGAGAUAACACACUUACAGCCCAUUGUUGAUGAUCUCACUGGGUUGACUGAAGACCCACACAAGCUGCCACCAUCCAGUGAACAGGUGAUCAUGGACCUGAAAGGCUCUGAUUAUAGCUGGUCUUACCAGACGCCUCCCUCCUCCCCCAGCAGCGCUGGCUCCAGGAAGAGCAGCAUGUGCAGUCUCCUCCAGAUGCCCUCUGCAGGAGCCCAUCGCCUCAGUAGUGUGUCCUCCCAUGACUCUGGCUUUGUCUCCCAGGAUGCCAACACCCACUCUAAGCCUCCGUCACCCAUGCCCUCUGAUAUCACCAGCCAGAAAUCAACAAGCUCAGCCUCCUCUGAGGCUUCAGAAACCUGCCAGUCUGUCAGCGAGUGCAACUCACCUACAGCGUUUGGCUCAUGCUCAUCCUUCGGUACCUUCCGCCCUGCUUUCUCUCACACUGGCACCAUCAGGCCUCUUUCUGUCAUACUUCCUGCGUCCCCUACAUUUAAUCACUCCCCUGGAUCCAACACCCCCUCACCCACAUCAAAGAUCCCUAACUGGAAGGACUGGGCCAAAUUAAGUUCCUGCGAGCCAUCAUUGGCCAGCACUCUGCAGCGUAGGAGGGAGUCUGUGGAAAAGAUGAGAGAACUGGAGGCUCCACCCAGUCCACAAGGGUAUUCUGGGAUACAGUCCGAUGAGUCACACCGAGGGAGAAUUGGCCCAGCAACCAAGCACGGUGAGCCGCUCUCUCCAGCGGCCAGUACUUUGGCUAUGGUUCUGACUAGAGGCUUGAGCAUGGAGCAGCAGAAGAGCAGCAGGGACUCUCUGCAGUACUCUAGUGGCUACAGCACCCAGACCAACACCCCAUCAUGCUCUGAGGACACCAUACCCUCACAAGGUUCAGAUUAUGAGUGCUACUCACUCAACGGGGAUGCAGACAGUGAGGGGCAGACGGACUUUGAUAAGUCCUCCACCAUCCCACGCCACAGCAACAUUGCUCAGAGCUACCGCCGCAUGAUCCAAACCAAGAGGCCCGCCAGCACAGCAGGGCUACCUGCAAGUAAGACCCUGCAGGGACCUCAGAAUGGUGCAGCAGGAAACAGCUCUGGAGUCAUUACCUCGGGGACGGCAACUAUUCGCCGGACACCAUCCUCCAAAACAGGUGUGCGGCGCACGCCAUCCACAUCUGGCCCCAUUCCCAUCCGACCCCCCAUCGUACCAGUUAAACCCCCCAGAGUGCCGGACUCCCCUGGAUACGCCAGCCCGUCGCAGCAUUAUAUGGGCAGCGAGGAGUUUCUGUACAGCGAUGACGCAUCUGCUAGUGAUUACGCGAGAGGCUCUCCAAAGCGAAAGAGCCUUCCUGAGACAAGUUGGGGCAUGGGAGGAGCAGCGUCAGACAGGACAGUUAGUGCCCAGCAGGCCUCUGUCAUGGCCACCCACAAUGCUGAGGAGGACCCUUUGCUGGCUGCCAACCGCCACAGCCUGGUGGAGAAGAUAGGAGAGCUGGCAGCCAGUGCACACGCCCUCGGCGAGGGUCAGUUCCCCUUCCCUAGCUCACAGCCGAGGGAUGCAGCUCAGCGUACGCCGCGGGAGCCGCCCUCUGUCACCCAGGAGGAUGUGGAUAUGCUGCGGAUGAUACGCCGCGGAGUGCGGCUCCGCAAGGCAGUGACUGAUGACAGGUCGGGUCCCAUGAUUCUGCGGUAGCUGAAGGAGAGGGAGGCUGUGAAGCAGCUGUGUUUUUAUUUACAACUCAAGAUUUGUACAUGAACUGAGGCACAAGUGAAGAGGAUGUAUCACAUGGUGUAUGAAGGCCAGUCGAUAGACUAAUGCAGUGUUUCCCAACCCUGGUCCUCAGGGAACACUGCCCUGCAUGUU